AUGUUGUAUCCGUCCAAUGUGGUAUUUUCAACAGGUUCGACACAUGGAACAAAUCCUAUCAAAGGAGGUCCAUUUAACCACCGCCAGCGAACAAGUUCGCUUACUACCAGCUUCACAGACUCAGAAGAUCCAUUACGAUUAUCGUUUGGUGAUUUAAAGGAACCUGGAUCAGAUUAUGAGGUUGUUGACAGCAACUAAACUAAACUAAAAUAGUUCUGUUUAGACUAGUCGAUAGUUUUGUCACAUCUAAGCUGUAUUUUACAUAAUAUAUAUCUGCAUUCUGUUCGUCUAAAUAUGAUGCUCGUGAUAUUAAUUUUUCUCCUUCAGAGAUCACUAUCAACCUCAAGACGUUCAUCGAUCACAACUAACUUCAUGGCUGAAGAAACAAGACGUGAAAAAGAACUGGAACGAAUAUUGGAAAGUCGUUUGAAUGAUCUUAAGUUAAGUACGAAAAAUGUUCUGACAGGUCUUCCCACGAGGUAAAAACGUGUUAACGUUGUUUGCACAAGAAACAUUUUGUAAAAAUAUUACAUUUUAUUGAAAGUAUAUUUAUAAUAACGGGACAAGAUCAUUUCAAAUUUCCAGAUGUUCUUCAUUACUGAUACUGGUCGAGAGACUGGUAACGGCCUCUAAAUCUCAAAAGAGUGGCAGUAAACUAAUCUAAGACUAUAAAGUAUACAAUUAUGCUCUGUUUCCACGUUUGUCGAGUAUUAUUAACAUUACUUCCAACUUUAGCAUGUUAUUUAAGAUAAAGUUUAAUUCAAUGUUGUUCUUAAUAUUUCUUUUCUAUAAUUUCGUGCCAAGUUGAAGUAAUCACAGCCAGCCAUGUGUUUUCUUAAAACUGCAUCUUCGUGCGGCGAGCAUACAGCCUGCCAAGUCCUGUAAAAACUGUGAAUAAAUCAUUCUACAUUUAGACCACUUAUAUAAAUAUCAUUGGAAAUUUGAAAUCAUUGGCUGCAUGGGGCAAUAAUAUAGAGAAAUGCCUAUUUCUGACUUUUAUUGGAGAAAGAGUUGUACUUGUUUUAAUACUUGUUUUACCAUAUUUAACAUUGCGCAUUGUACACGACAUUAUACAAUUUGUUUAAAUGUACUGUUUAUAAACGAAACGUGUACUGCAAAUAUAUAGCAUUAUUUUA